GGAUGAGCGCAGCAUCCGGCAUCAUCCACAGCGAGAUGCCGACCGAGAAGAUGCUCAAGGAAGGCGGUGUUAUGCACUCCUUCCAGAUCUGGGUCAAUCUGCCUGCCAAGUACAAGAUGACGGCGCCUCGCUACCAGGACGUUCCGCCCGAGAACAUCCCCACGUUCACCUCCAGCGACGAAAAGACACGGAUCAAGGUCAUUGCAGGCAAGGUUGAAGAUGUCACAGCCAACAUUGACACGCGCACGCAGAUAUUCUUCCUGGACCUGCGCACCACUGGGCAGGUGAAGGAAGGCCAGAUGGCUGUCAUCAAAACCGACGGGCAGCCGAUUGACUUUGAGGCUGCUGGGUCGGAGGAGGCGCGCGUUCUGAAGGUUGCCCGCUACGGCCCAUUCGUCAUGAACACCAGGGACGAGCUGUACCAGGCGUUUGAGGACAUGGAAACCGGGCGGUUUGGAUCCAUCCCCGGUCAGAUGGAGCGCAUGCAGCUAACGGACUCUGCCAAUGCAGCCCGUGCGAAGGCUGGCAAAGAGUAAUAAAUAGUCUAUCGAAGUAAAUAGUUAGAUAAUGCGUUAAUUGCAUAUUUCAUCUAGCAACUGUGCGAAAGUUGCAGCGUCAUAAUGGCAAGAAUAUCAGAAUGAUGGCUGCGGAUACAUCAUCACACCCACAAAUCACCAAUUAUCUAGACAUGCUUAUAUUCUGGAAGAC